UUAAGAUUUGCAGAAAAACUACAGUUUAUAGCCGCCUCUACUUUAGUUAUUAGAAAGCGUACACUUGCCAUCAUCUGCAACAAGCCAAAAGCCGCCCUGCUCCUAUAUAUAGACCCGCUAACACCUCGCACCACUCCACCACCAUCCAUCAACCAUGAGUAACUUCAACAUUUUUCUCAUUUCUAUCUUUCUGCUCUCUGCCCUUUUCUUCACUUCCUCUGAUGGAGCUACCUUCACCAUCCGCAAUAACUGCCCUUACACUGUUUGGGCUGCAGCCUCUCCUGGUGGUGGCCGCCGCCUAGACAAGGGCCAGACAUGGGAACUUAAUGUGCCUGCUGGCACGUCCAUGGCUCGUAUCUGGGGACGGACAAACUGCAACUUUGAUGGCAGUGGCAAGGGUCAUUGCCAAACAGGGGAUUGUGGUGGAAUCCUAGCUUGCCAAGGUUGGGGUGUCCCUCCUAAUACUCUGGCUGAAUAUGCCCUAAACCAAUUUGGGAACUUGGAUUUUUAUGAUAUAUCCCUUGUUGACGGGUUUAAUAUCCCUAUAGAGUUUAGUCCAACUUCUGGUGCAAAAGAUAAGUGCCGUCCACUUUUCUGCACUGCUGACAUUAAUGGGCAAUGCCCUAAAGAAUUGAAGGCUCCUGGUGGGUGUAACAAUCCAUGCACAGUUUUUAAGACCAACAAAUAUUGUUGUACUGAAGGGUAUGGAAGCUGUGGACCUACCGAAUUCUCAAAGUUUUUCAAACGCAGAUGCAGUGAUGCUUAUAGUUACCCUCAGGAUGAUCCUUCAAGCACAUUUACAUGCCCUGGUGGGACAAACUACAGGGUUGUGUUUUGCCCUGCGAGAUCUCCUCAUUUCCCCUUGGAAAUGGUCAGAGAAAAAGAUGUUGAGUAGCAAGGGCAUACAUAUACAUGUUCUGAUGUCUUAUUAUGUGAGGCUUUGAAAGCAUCUGAAAAAUAAUCAAGGUCUAUCUAUGCGUGUGAGUGAAUGUGUAUUGUAAUAUUAAUCUUGAACAGAUAAAAGAACGAAACAUGGCUUGUGUGUUUUGUUCUUAGGCGUUGUGCCGCAGAACAUGUAAUGGAAAUAAAGAUAUCUUUGAUCACACAAA